CUGGUAGCCGUCCAGGCUGGUCUGUCGGUGCUACUGGUCAUCUCCUACGGCGUGCUCGCUGCUCGAUUCAAGCUCCUGGACCAGGGCAAUGCAAAGGCCAUCUCGAAGAUAUGCGUCCGCAUGUUUCUCCCGGCCUUGCUGAUCACCAAGCUCGGUGCGGAAAUUGAAGCUGAAAGGGUUGGUCGGUAUGGGAUAGUUCUUGCGUGGGCAGUGUUCUGUCACUUUGUAUCGUUCCUCAUGGGCGUCUCUGCACGUAGGGUGUUUGGCCUGCCGAAAUGGGUGACGGUUGCGGUCAUGUUUAACAACACGACUAGCUAUCCGCUGCUGCUGAUGCAGUCUUUGAGCGAGACGGGCAUCUUGAGCAGCUUGUUGGUGACGGACGAGACGACGACCCGUGCUAUUGAGCGGGCGAAGUCAUACUUUCUCGUCUUUGCGACUGUGUCGAGUUGCUUGACAUUUGCAGUUGGACCGCGGCUCGUCAGCGCAGAAGCAACCCCUGAGCCAGACGAUAAAGAAACACACGACGAAGAAGCCGUAUAUCCCUCUCUCCCAACUAACAACCCCUCAGAAGGAACAAGCCUCCUGAGCAAAUCUCCAGCCCGGCGAGAUCCAUGUCCCACCACCUCACUGCUCUUCCACCACCCCUCAGAAGCAUACUACUCAGCAGCAGCGACACACAAACGCUGGCUCAAACACCACCCAAACAUCCAAUGGACCCUACUCUUCCUCUACGACUUCCUCAACGCGCCCCUCCUCGGCGCCCUCGCCGGCACCCUCAUCGGCCUCACGCCCCCGCUCAAAACCGCCUUCUUCGCCGCGCCCAGCGACGGCGGCUUUCUGCGCUCCUGGCUGACUGCGUCGUGGGAGAACAUAGGCCGUAUAUUCGUGCCGCUGCCGCUCGUCAUCGCGGGCGUGUCGCUGUACUACUCGAUCCAGACCCCAACCACAGCCACAGCAACAACAACGCCAAAAACACCAACAACGCAAACAAAACCCCUCUGGCACGCAACAUCCCUCAUCCUCCUCAUCCGCUUCCUCGCCUGGCCCGCGCUCUCCAUCCCCGCAAUCUACAUCCUCGCAACGCGCACACAGCUUCUCGGCUCCGACCCCAUGCUCUGGUUCGCCAUGAUGGUCAUGCCCGCCGGUCCACCGGCCAUGAAACUGAUCACCAUGGUGCAGGUUAGCAGCGGCGCGGACGAGCAGGACGAGUUUAAGAUUGCGCGAGUGUUGACGGCGUCGUAUAUCGUGUCUCCGGUGUUUGCGUUGACGGUCAUUGGGGCUUUGAAGGCUAGUCAGGCGGCUAUA